AUGAGUGAGAAACAUUUGUGGGCCCCUCGACGGGCGAGGAGGUUUGGUCGAGUUUCUACUCAGAGAUUGUUGUUUUGUCUGUUGUCACUUGCUUUGGCAUUCUUGAUAUGUUUUGGGUAUUUUGGAGUAAAGAUGCAUUUUCACGGCACUGUAUCUUUGCAAGAUUUCAAAGGGAAAUUUAACUCGAGUCGUGUAGCACAGCAACCACGAAAGCCUCGUAGGCCGCGUUUUUUCCCUUGCGAGGUACCAUUUCUUGAUUCUGUUAAUUAUAUCCUUGAGCCUGAGGAUAAUGCUAAGUUUGCUCAUUUCUCCUUGGGAUAUGUUAAAAGAGAAGAGUGGGCCCACCCAAAUGAAACGACAGAAGUUCGUUUUGGAGGACAUCAGACACUUGAGGAUAGAGAAAAGUCGUACCACGCGACAGAUCAAACAAUCCAUUGUGGUUUUGUGAACAAUUCUAAUGUAGCUUUGAGCAGUGGAUUUGAUUUGGAUGAGAAGGAUAGAGAAUAUAUGAAUACGUGUAAGGUAGUUGUAUCAUCGUGCAUCUUUGGAAGCUCGGAUUUUUUGAGGCGCCCAACUAGCAAAGUGAUCAGUGAGUUCUCCAAGAAAAAUGUAUGUUUCGCUAUGUUUGUCGAUGAGCAAAGUUUAGCUAAACUAUCAGCCGAAGGAAAUGCCCCAGAUGACAGUGGAAAUAUUGGGUUAUGGAAGAUAAUUGUUGUGAAGAACUUACCAUAUAAAGAUUUACGUAAAACCGGAAAAGUGCCUAAAUUUUUGUCCCAUCGGCUUUUUCCUUCUUCUAGGUAUUCUAUUUGGCUCGACAGUAAAUUGCGACUAAAUGCAGACCCCAUGCUGAUAAUCGAGUACUUUCUGUGGCGAGCCCGUUCAGAAUAUGCCAUUUCGAAUCAUUAUACUCGGCACUGUGUAUGGGAAGAGGUACUCCAAAAUAAGCGUCUGAAUAAGUACAAUCACUCUGCUAUUGACGAACAGUUCCGAUUUUAUCAGUCUGACGGUCUCACGAAGUACGAGUCGUCUGACCCGAAAGAUCGUCUGCCCAGUUUUGUACCUGAAGGCUCGUUUAUUGUCAGGGCUCAUACGGCCAUUUCGAACCUAUUUUCGUGCCUUUGGUUCAACGAGGUCGACAGAUUCACUUCACGUGAUCAGCUGAGCUUCGCGUAUACAUAUUUGAAGUUGACGAGGAUAAACCCGGAUAAAAAAUUUCAUCUACAUAUGUUCAAGGAUUGUGAGAGAAGAGCAAUAACGAAGCUAUUUCAUCACAGAACAAACGUAUAA